AUGUGCCCCCGCACCGACGCCUCCCUGGACCCCGAGGCCCAGCUACCGCCCGCGACCCCCGGCAGCGCCUGCCGCCCGCUGUCCUGGGCCCUGAGCGCCGCGCUGCUGCUGCUCGCGGGGACCUGCGCCGCCUGCGCGUUCCGCUGGGCCUGGCCCUCGGCCCCCGCCGCGCCGGGCCCCGGGCUCCCCGAGCUCCCCCAGCUCCCCCAGCUCCCCGAGUUCCUGCCGGACGCCGGCGCCCGCCUCCCCGACUCUCCGCAGGGCGUGUUCGCGCAGCUCGUGGCCCGAGAUGUACAGCUGACCGAAGGGCCCUUGCGCUGGUACAGUGACCCCGGCCUGGCAGGCGUGUUCCUGGGGCCGGGCCUGAGUUACGACCAGCACACUGGGGAGCUGAUGGUGGCCGAACCCGGAGUCUACUAUGUUUUCUUGCACCUAAAGCUGCAGCGGGUAGUAUCCAGCCAAGGCUCGGGCUCUGUCUCUGCCGCCCUCCACCUGCAGCCAAUUAGUGCCCCGGGUGCAGCCCUGGCCCUGACCUUGGACCUGCCUCCUCCAUCCUCAGAGGCCCGUGACUCCGCAGCUGGUUUCCGGGGCAGCUUGCUGCACCUGGACGCGGGCCAGCGCCUGGGUGUGCACCUGCGGGCUGAGGCAGGGACACACCUCGCCUGGCAGCUGGCGCAGGGCGCCACCGUCUUGGGCCUCUUCAGGGUGGCCACCAAAGUCCCCGCUGGACUCCCCUCGUCAUGACCCACUGAC